CUGAUAAUCUAUUUGCAUGUGUCACGCCAAAAUACAUUAAAUGUUAACAUUUACAUACAGCCAGUGUAGAUGACACAUUGAUUUAAAAAAAAUAGUGCAAGUGCUUUGAAUCUGUGAUUUCAAAUAUCGAAUCAAAAGGACUGCAUUAGUGUUGUGGGAGUUAAAGUGUUGAGAAUAGACCAACGACCAUGCAAGAUGGCGGGUGACGCCUGCAUACUGGUGACGGUGCUUCUGAUCUUCGCAAUAUCAGUUUUCGGGCAAGAAACAGCAUCGUCGAGAUGUUACUACAUGACUGACGCUAUUCCGAGAGAACCGAAACCGGAUGAUUUGCCUGAUUUAGAAUGGACUGGUGGAUGGACCGACUGGCCUUUGAUCCCGGCUGAGCCAAGAGACGACGUGUGCAUAAACGGCUGGUACCCACAACUCACCAGCACUUCUCUCGGCACCAUCAUCAUCCACAUGGAAGAGGAGAUCGAGGGAGAUGUUGCUAUCGCUAAACUUAACUAUGAUGGUUCUGGAACCCCAGAAAUUGUCCAGCCGAUGGUUAUAGGAUCUUUUAACCUGCUAAGUCCAGAGAUCCGGAAUGAAAACGGGGCGUGGUACCUUUAUAUAACCAAUAGGCAAGAUUAUGAAACACCAACAAUGCGUCGGUAUACAUUCGACGUCCGAGUGCCAGACGAGACUCGUGCGGCACGAGUGAGUCUCUCCAUCGAAAACAUUGACGAUAACGACCCUAUCGUCAGGGUGCUAGACGCUUGCCAAGUGCCGGAAUUGGGGGAGCCUCGACUAACAGACUGCGUUUACCAAGUGUCAGACGAAGAUGGGAGGCUUAGUAUCGAGCCCAUGACAUUCCGCCUCACAUCAGACCGUGAAGACGUACAGAUAUUCUAUGUGGAGCCAGCUCACAUUACUGGUGAUUGGUUCAACAUGCAAAUUACUAUCGGUAUCCUAUCAGCGCUUAACUUCGAAAGCAACCCGCUGCACAUCUUUCAAAUCACUGCUUUGGACUCCUGGCCCAACAACCAUACGGUGACGGUGAUGGUGCAAGUCCAGAAUGUGGAGCACCGACCGCCGCGAUGGAUGGAAAUCUUCGCAGUCCAGCAGUUUGACGAGAUGACGGAGCAGCAAUUCCAGGUGCGCGCCAUCGACGGAGACACUGGCAUCGGGAAAGCUAUACACUAUACCCUCGAGACAGAUGAGGAAGAAGAUUUGUUCUUCAUCGAAACACUUCCGGGCGGCCAUGACGGAGCCAUCUUCAGCACUGCCAUGAUUGAUGUGGAUAGGCUCCGGCGAGAUGUCUUCAGACUGUCCCUGGUGGCAUACAAGUACGACAAUGUGUCCUUCGCCACCCCGACACCCGUCGUGAUCAUAGUCAACGACAUCAACAACAAGCAACCCCAACCGCUGCAAGAUGAGUACACAAUCUCCAUAAUGGAAGAAACUCCACUGUCGCUGAAUUUUGCUGAACUUUUUGGUUUCUAUGAUGAAGAUUUGAUCUACGCACAAUUCUUGGUGGAAAUACAAGGCGAGAACCCUCCAGGCGUAGAGCAAGCGUUUUAUAUUGCGCCCACCGCAGGCUUCCAGAACCAGACAUUCGCCAUAGGGACUCAAGAUCACCGAAUGCUGGAUUAUGAGGAUGUUCCUUUCCAAAACAUCAAGCUCAAGGUAAUAGCAACGGACCGUGACAAUACCAAUUUCACUGGAGUGGCGGAAGUCAACGUGAAUCUGAUUAAUUGGAACGACGAGGAGCCGAUCUUUGAGGAGGACCAGCUGGUUGUCAAGUUCAAGGAGACUGUACCCAAGGACUAUCACGUCGGCAGACUGAGGGCUCACGACCGGGACAUAGGAGACAGCGUUGUGCAUUCCAUCUUGGGAAAUGCGAAUACAUUUUUGAGAAUCGACGAAGAAACUGGCGACAUCUACGUAGCUAUUGAUGACGCGUUCGAUUAUCACAGACAGAAUGAAUUUAACAUACAAGUUCGCGCUCAGGACACCAUGUCGGAGCCAGAGUCCAGGCAUACAGCGACUGCUCAGCUGGUCAUAGAACUCGAGGACGUCAACAACACACCUCCCACUCUGAGGCUGCCUCGCGUAAGUCCGUCUGUAGAAGAGAAUGUGCCAGAGGGCUUUGAAAUCAACCGGGAGAUAACCGCCACGGACCCUGACACCACAGCAUACCUGCAGUUUGAAAUAGAUUGGGACACAUCCUUUGCCACUAAACAGGGGCGUGAUACCAAUCCAAUAGAGUUCCACGGAUGCGUGGAUAUAGAAACCAUCUUCCCAAACCCAGCCGACACCAGAGAGGCUGUGGGGCGAGUGGUAGCGAAGGAGAUCCGCCAUAACGUGACCAUCGAUUUUGAAGAGUUUGAAUUUCUCUACCUCACAGUGAGAGUUCGGGACUUGCACACAGAUGACGGACGAGAUUAUGAUGAAUCUACCUUCACUAUAAUAAUAAUAGAUAUGAACGACAACUGGCCUAUCUGGGCGUCUGGUUUCCUGAACCAGACCUUCAGUAUUCGGGAGCGAUCAUCUACCGGCGUCGUCAUCGGGUCCGUACUCGCUACAGACAUUGAUGGCCCACUUUACAACCAAGUCCGGUACACCAUUAUCCCCCAGGAAGAUACUCCUGAAGGUCUAGUCCAGAUACACUUCGUUACGGGUCAGAUUACAGUUGAUGAGAAUGGUGCAAUCGACGCUGAUAUUCCACCUCGUUGGCACCUCAACUACACGGUUAUAGCCAGCGACAAAUGUUCCGAAGAAAAUGAAGAGAACUGUCCCCCGGAUCCAGUGUUCUGGGAUACUCUGGGCGACAACGUAAUUAACAUCGUGGACAUAAACAACAAGGUUCCGGCAGCAGACCUCAGUCGAUUCAACGAAACGGUGUACAUUUAUGAAAAUGCACCCGAUUUCACAAACGUGGUCAAGAUAUACUCCAUCGACGAAGACAGAGACGAAAUAUAUCACACGGUGCGGUACCAGAUCAAUUAUGCUGUGAACCAGCGGCUGCGAGACUUCUUCGCCAUAGACCUGGAUUCAGGCCAGGUGUACGUGGAGAACACCAACAAUGAGCUCCUGGAUCGGGACAGAGGCGAAGACCAACACAGGAUAUUCAUUAACCUCAUUGACAACUUUUAUAGCGAAGGAGAUGGAAAUAGAAAUGUAAACACUACAGAGGUGCUGGUGAUACUAUUAGAUGAAAAUGACAACGCUCCUGAAUUGCCGACUCCAGAAGAGCUGAGUUGGAGCAUUUCCGAGAAUUUACAAGAGGGUAUAACACUCGAUGGCGAACGCGAUGUAAUAUACGCACCGGAUAUAGACGAAGAGGACACGCCAAACUCUCACGUUGGCUACGCAAUCCUGGCCAUGACAGUCACCAAUAGAGACCUGGCCACUGUUCCGAGACUUCUCAACAUGCUGUCGCCUAACAACGUAACCGGAUACCUCCAGACAGCAAUGCCUUUGAGAGGAUAUUGGGGGACUUACGAUAUAAGUAUACUGGCGUUCGACCACGGUAUUCCUCAGCAGAUAUCUCAUGAGGUGUAUGAAUUGGAAAUUCGACCUUACAAUUACAAUCCUCCCCAGUUCGUUUUUCCUGAAUCCGGGACGAUUCUACGACUGGCUUUGGAACGCGCAGUGGUAAAUAAUGUUUUGUCACUUGUAAACGGUGACCCGUUAGACAGGAUACAAGCAAUUGACGACGAUGGUCUUGAUGCUGGCGUGGUGACUUUCGAUAUUGUUGGAGAUGCUGAUGCAUCAAACUACUUCAGAGUAAAUAAUGAUGGCGACAACUUUGGAACCUUGUUGCUGACACAGGCGCUUCCUGAGGAAGGCAAGGAAUUUGAGGUUACCAUCCGGGCUACAGACGGCGGAACAGAACCUCGAUCAUAUUCAACAGACUCCACUAUAACAGUGCUCUUCGUUCCGACUUUGGGUGAUCCGAUAUUUCAAGAUAACACUUACUCAGUAGCAUUCUUUGAAAAAGAGGUUGGCUUGACUGAGAGGUUCUCGCUCCCACUAGCAGAGGACCCUAAGAACAAACUCUGCACUGACGACUGUCACGAUAUUUACUACAGGAUCUUUGGUGGUGUGGAUUACGAGCCAUUUGACCUGGACCCGGUGACGAACGUGAUCUUCCUGAAAUCAGAACUAGACCGGGAGACCACUGCCACGCAUGUGGUGCAAGUGGCAGCCAGUAAUUCGCCCACAGGAGGCGGAAUACCACUCCCUGGGUCUCUUCUCACCGUCACUGUCACUGUACGAGAAGCGGAUCCACGGCCUGUGUUCGAGCAGCGUCUGUACACGGCUGGCAUUUCCACUUCCGAUAACAUCAACAGGGAACUACUCACCGUUCGUGCAACUCAUUCCGAAAACGCACAAUUGACAUAUACCAUCGAAGACGGUUCUAUGGCGGUGGACUCCACUCUGGAAGCCGUCAAGGACUCGGCGUUCCAUCUGAACGCGCAGACCGGCGUCCUCAUACUGAGGAUACAACCUACUGCCAGCAUGCAGGGCAUGUUCGAGUUCAACGUCAUCGCUACUGACCCAGAUGAGAAGACAGAUACGGCAGAGGUGAAAGUCUACCUCAUUUCAUCCCAAAAUAGGGUGUCCUUCAUAUUCCUGAACGAUGUGGAGACGGUUGAGAGUAACAGAGACUUUAUCGCAGAAACGUUCAGCGUUGGCUUCAACAUGACCUGCAAUAUAGAUCAGGUGCUGCCGGGCACCAACGACGCCGGGGUGAUUCAGGAGGCCAUGGCGGAAGUCCAUGCUCACUUCAUACAGGAUAACAUCCCUGUGAGCGCCGACAGUAUUGAAGAGCUUCGCAGUGACACUCAGCUGCUGCGCUCCGUCCAAGGUGUGUUGAACCAACGGCUGUUGGUCCUGAACGACCUGGUGACGGGGGUCAGCCCUGAUCUCGGCACUGCCGGCGUGCAGAUCACCAUCUAUGUGCUAGCCGGGUUGUCAGCCAUCCUUGCCUUCCUGUGCCUUAUUCUGCUCAUCACAUUCAUCGUGAGGACCCGAGCUCUGAACCGCCGUUUGGAAGCACUGUCGAUGACGAAAUACGGCUCGGUGGAUUCGGGGCUGAACCGAGUGGGGAUAGCGGCCCCAGGAACCAACAAACACGCUAUCGAAGGCUCCAACCCCAUCUGGAACGAACAAAUCAAGGCCCCGGAUUUCGAUGCCAUCAGUGACACAUCUGACGAGUCUGAUCUGAUCGGCAUCGAGGAUCUACCACAAUUCAAGAGCGACUAUUUCCCGCCUGAGGACUCGGAAUCCGCUCACGCCGCCUUUAGCGACCGCACGCCACGCGGGAACGAUGCGCCUAUUGCACACAGUAGCAACAACUUCGGUUUCAACACCAGCCCUUUUAGCGCGGAGUUCACUAACAGGCGCAUGCGACCAUAGACUAGACACGCUUUUAUAAAUAAGAUAAUAAAUGAAAUACCAUAGAAUAAGGAAUAAUAUUACAUAUAGAACGGCAACUCUUCGCUCCCCACCAACGCCUGAGCUAGGUUUACCUCACUCCCCUCGGACAUAGUUUAGUCUUCAAUAUGGGCGUCAAACACCACAAAAACUGAUGCGCGUGUACAAUAACGUCAAUGUGAAGUGUCUGUGUAAAACGUUGUGUUUUGUGUGAAGUGUCCGGGGUGUGUAAAUACUAAGGUUAAUCGCUGUUUAACACUAAGAUGUGGGUAAUGGGUUAGAGGGCGUUGCCAAGUUGCAAAAAAAUUGUGAUAGUAUCAAUACUAUCGAUAAUAUUGUUGCUUAGAACAUCAAUAAUAUCGAUACCAUCGAUAGUAUCGAUACUUUGUUAUUGUCGAACAUCAAUACUCAAUCGAUAGUAUUGUCACAUUCUGAGCUAUCUAUAGUAGGUAUCUAUACUAUCGACAGUUUCGAUAUUAUCGAUUGACCUAUUCCGGAAAUGACCGGUCUUGCUAUCGCCAUGCUAUCGAUAGACUAUCUAUUAUUAACCGAUAGUGGCGUAUCGAUCGGCACCACUACAAAAAUCCUAGGUACUUUUAUACGUGGUAUUGUGAACAUUAAAAGUAUGUGCUUACCCGUAAAGCUAUAGGGAUUAACACGUAAUAUACAUACUUGGGCGCGCAGUGGGCGUCAUACGGCUGAUGAUACAUACUUACCUAUUUAUUAUUUAUACAAACUAAGAAAUUACAAAUAUCAGCGAAGCAACAUGUAAAUAACAGGAAGCCAUAAUUAUGUUAUUCUGUGACUUAACUUACUUUAGUAAAUACUCAGUUGUAAAUAUGUAUACUUAUUUUAUAUAAAUUACGCAAACAAUAUAAUUAAGAAUAUUGUUUUACUAAAUA